AUGCCAUCAAAAAGUUAUGGUCUAUUAGGCGCGCUAAUCGUUAUGCUAAUCGUUGACUGGCCAUGGCCAGUGCGAGUUGCGCGAGCGAUGAGUAUCUCCAUGGAACGGUCAGACGGCAGCCAAGAGCUAAUGAAGUUGAAUGACACGGGCAGCUCGCUAUUCCACUUGCCCACACAGCUGAAUGAGUACGAAGUUUUGGAGGAACUUGGCCGCCUCACAUUGGCCAGCAUGAACCAGAGCGUUGAUCCGUGCGAGGAUUUUUACGAGUACGCUUGCGGCAACUGGAAGCAGGCCGACUUGGUGCCACAGCGCGCGCGAAAUAAUACAUUUCUGAAUGGCAUACAGUACUCAGUAAACGAAAUGAUGGUCAAGUACUUGAAAAAUGCAACCGACAAGGAGCUGAAGCUGAAUAAUGCGGAAUCGAAAGCGAAGGCGUUUUUCGCAUCCUGCGUGCGCAUGAGCAAGGACAUGUCCGUUGGUUAUAGGCUACUUUUGGAAAUGGAAGAAUUCAGCUUGAAUUGGACGGAUUUGAAGCGGACAAAUGAAACGCUUGAUUGGAUCAACAUAAACUUCCUAUCGCAAUACGGAAUGUACCCCCUGCUGCCACUGAAGGUACAUUACGAAACUGAGAGUCGCAUGUUCGACGUGCUAUUGUCCACUUCGGGCAAUGUGCUGGGUAACUCCGAUGUAGUGGACCUUAAAAACCUGACAAGAGAUUUUAAAAUCGAGAACGAGAAAGAGCUUAAGCAAUUUAAUGACGAAUUUGAACUCGUUCUAGAGUUCGAGAAGAACCUCACUAUGCACUCAGGCAGGCGCAACGAAACCGAAGUACUCUCAUUGGGUGAGUUUAAGUUAAAGCACAAAGAAGAUGCUUUGAAUUGGACACGCUACUUCGAUAUAGCAUUCAAUGGUAGUGCCAAGAAUGAUUGGACGGUACAGAAUACCAUCGCGGAUGUAAAUCCACUGGCGCAUUUUCUGCAUAAAACCGACUUGGCAACGCUGCGCACGUACUUGAAAUGGCGCACAAUAGUAAAGUUCCACUACAUAUGGAAGUUCGAGACGAGUGACAACUCAACGGAGAGCAGCUGCCGCGAACACACCGAGCAGUACUUCAAUUACGCGCUACUACCUUGGUUUAUAGAUAAUGUUUACGAUGCCGAUCGCCGUGCAGAUAUUCUACAGCUAGCGAAGCAUAUAAAAGAAACCUUCUACGACCUCCUGGGCAAGUACACUUGGCUAGACGAUGAGACGCGUUCGCAUGCGAAGACCAAGUUGCGCGCCAUGGACAUUACAGUUGGCUACUCUGACGAAAUGCGGCAUCGCGAGGUCAUUAACAAAGUGUAUGAAGACGUGGAAAUUGGCGACAAUUGGUACAAAAAUCUGCAAAUGGUUGAGAAGAAUCGUGCCAGAGUGCGCAUGCGUUCGGUGAAUAGAGCAAUCAUACCGCCACUAAUGUCGACGCGCGAUGUGAACGCUUACUAUGCAGAUUUUCUCAAUUUGGUCUUUAUUGGCAUUGGCAUCUCGCAGGCGCCUUUCUAUCACUUCAAGUAUCCACCCUCCAUCAAGUUCAGCGGCAUUGGCAACAUCAUAGGCCAUGAGAUGGCGCACGGGUUCGACUCCUAUUGCUAUCAAUACAACUACGAUGGAAAAAAGCAGAAUUGGUGGACGGAGGCAUCUUUGCGCAACUUUAAAGAACGCUACCGCUGUAUGGAGUCGCAGUAUAAUAAAUUCAUUUUCCAUGGUGUUCUUACAAAUGGUACAUUGACUUCGGGUGACAACAUUGCUGACAAUGUGGGUACGCGCAUCUCUUAUCAUGCUUACCUUAACAGUUAUGGCAAUCUCGAUGGCGACAAGAAGCCUUUACCCGGAUUGAAUUUGACGAAUAAACAACUGUACUUUCUGAAGUUUGCGCAAACCUGGUGCAGCGGCAAAGAAGAUGCCUACAAGGUACGACGCAUGAAGACCGAUGUUCAUGCUUACGAGGAGUUUCGUGUCAUUGGAACGCUGCAAAAUAUGCCGGAGUUCAGUGAGGUGUAUAAUUGUAAAUUGGGUUCAGAUAUGAAUCCUCUGAAGAAAUGUGUGAUAUGGUGA